AUGAGUGUUCCAGUGAGCCCCUUGAGUCCCCUGAGCCCCCUGUCGUCCCCGCGUCACCCCCCCGCCCCCGAUCUGUCCUGCCUGCAGGCCUACAGCGAGUGGCUGGCCUCUCGCCACAGCGCCAGCCUCCUGCCCAUGAAGGAGGACCUGGCCCUCUGGCUCAACCGCACGCUGGGUGUUGCCGUGACGGCGGAUGAUUUGAUGGACAGGCUGGAGACGGGCGUUCUGCUGUGUCAGCUGGCCGAGGAGCUACAGGAGAGGAUGAUCCUGGGCAGCAACGGGAAGCCCUUUCUCCGGCGGGUCAUUCACUGGCGUGAUGGUGCUGCACCCGGCUCCUUCUUCGCUCGAGACAACACCGCCAACUUCCUGCACUGGUGCCGCAAGAUCGGAGUGGAGGAACCCUACCUGUUUGAGUCAGAGGACCUGGUUCUGAAGAGGCAGCCCAAGGAAAUCUGUCUGUGUCUGCUGCAGGUGGGCAGGAUUGCCUCCAGAUACGGCGUGGAGCCUCCGGGCCUGGUGAAGCUGGAGAGGGAGUUCGAGAGGGAGGAGGCCCGCUCCCGCCCCCACCCGCGCCCCCCACCACAGACACACACCCGCAAGACCCCCACCAAGAAGAGCACUGAAAACAUGCUGGAUGAUCUGGUCAAGCAGAUCACGGAAGACCCGCCUUGCAGCUGUUCCACCCGGUUCUGUGUGGAGAAACAGCCCAAGGGCCGGUACCGGGUUGGGGACAAGGUUCUAUACGUGCGGAUGCUGAAUGAUAAACAUGUUGAAUGGACAAACAUGCUUAUGGUGCGUGUGGGGGGAGGCUGGGAGACGUUUGCGUGUUACCUGCAGAAGCAGGGACCAACGGCAGUAGCCGCGGUAACUGCAGUAGCCGUGGUAACUGCAGUAGCCGCGGUAACGGCAGAGGCAAAGCAGCAGCAGCAGCAGCAGCAGCAAGUCCCUCGUAUCAAAGAGAUCUCGCCAGACAGCUACCUGGUGGUUGGCACCAACUCCGCCCGCCUCAAGAAGUAA